AUGACGGCGAUAGGGUUGAAGGCGAUAAUGGAGAUGAUGAAGGAGAUAGAGAUGGAGGUGGCUACUAGAAGAAGAUGGAGGGAGGAAGGAAACAAAAAAAGGUUCGAGGCGGCGGGGCAGCUCCGGUGCUUCCCGGCGGAGGUUCAGGGCGAGUCCGAGGCAACCAUCGCCGACGCCGACCGUAUCAUAGAGCAGGCGCUCCAUAAACGCCACCAUUUUAGCAAGUUCGCGAGGCACACUCUCACCCUUGAUGAUUUCCACCACUACCUUUUGUCCGCUGAUCUCAACGCUCGGAUCGUAUCUCAGGUCCAGCAUGACACGAGUGCCCCUCGGUCCCACUAUUUCAUCUACACCGGGCAUAAUUCUUACUGGACUGGGAACCAGCAAAGCAGUGAUUGCAGCGAUGUUCCAAUCAUAAAGGCAUUGCAGAGGGGUGUGAGAGUGUUAGAGUUUGAUAUAUGGCCCAAUUCCUCAAAAGAUGAUGUACAUGUUCUUCACGGAAGGGAUAUGAUCGAUCUGCACGGAAUAUUUAGAGCAAAUAGGGGCUGCAGAUGUAAAGAAGCCUGAGUUAUUGAUGAAACCGGGACCUCAUAACGAGAUAGGCAUUUUUCUUGCUGGAGUGAUUGCUGAUGAGACAAACAACGAAGCAAAUAAGUAGAAGACAACUGGACCCCUGUUUGGGACGAAGAGUUUCGCUUCCCAUUUACAGUUCCUGAAUUGGCCUUGCUUCGAAUUGAAGUAUACGAGUAUGACAUGCUGGGAAGGCAUCCGGCCAGUGCCCCGCCUCAACCGCAAAGGAGAGAAGUACAAUCUAGUUAAAACUCUUCUAAUAUGCUUCAAGUUGGCCUGAAAUUCUAGAUUUCAUCUAUUUUGGCCAAAUCUUCCCAGGCUACCUACCCUCAAUGGAAUCAACUUUAGAACCAUUUCCGCUACACAACUCCAAAAACAACUUUUGCUCAUAGGAUCCAGAUCACACUUCAAUACCGAUAUGUUUCAGUAGUUGAUCAAUAGAUAGGCCUCCUGUUGUGCGUACACGUUAUCUUUAUGUAAUCAUUUCAAGUUGUAAAACAUCAAAACAUCUUGCAAGGUUAUGCUCUUUGUUCAA